AUGUCACCCUUUGUCAAUGAAGCAGCAUGGAUCCCGAGUCCUAACACAAGACCCCUUCAGCUUGGCCCGGGUCCAACGCCAGAUCCCGCGGAGAAUGAAGUGGUAAUCAAAGUAGCCUAUGCCGCUGUAAAUCCAGUCGACUGGAAGGUUCAAGAUUUUCCCGGUAUACCGCUUCCAUACCCUUUCAUCUUCGGAACAGAUGUCGCGGGUACGGUUGCACAGGUAGGCUCGCAAGUCACCCGGUUUCAUUUGGGCCAAAGAGUGAUCGGACACUGCGAUGGAUUUCAUACGAAGAAAGCAACCAACGCUGCAUAUCAACUCUACAGUACCUGCAAUGAAAUUCUAGUUUCUCCAGUUCCGGAGUCUUUGCCCUUGGCCAAUGCUGCAGUACUUCCCAUCGCGGUAGAUACAGCCGCCACAGCACUUUAUGCCCACCUUAAGCUGCCACUUCCAACUUUAGCUCCCAAGCCCAUAGGAAAAAGGAUUCUUAUUUGGGGAGGAAGCUCCUCUGUUGGUACUGCGGCAAUUCAGCUUGCAGUUGCAUCUGGUCUGGAGGUCGUGACCACAGCCAGCAGUGCAAAUCAUGAACUUAUGAAAUCCCUUGGGGCCACUCAUGUUUUCAACUACAAAGAUCCAGAUACUGUGAACAACCUUACCGCUCUAUUGAAGCCACAGGAUUAUGUUGUCGAUUGCAUUAGCACGAAGGACACACAAGUGACUUGUGGUGAGAUUCUCGGGAAGGUUGGAGGAGGACUGCUCCCAGUCAUGACUAUACCCGAGGAAACUCUUCCAGACAACGUGCAGUCGUCAUUUGUCAUCUGCUUGGAUAUUGAGACCAAGUUUCCACACCUUGGCGAGGCUAUCUGGCAUGAUUUUAUUCCUCGUGCAUUGGCUGCUGGGAGUUUUCAGGCAAAGCCGGAUCCUCAGAUAGUUUAUGGUGGACUGUCAAAGGUCCAAGAGGCUAUUGAUCUGCAGAGGAAAGGUGUUUCGGCAAGGAAGGUCGUUGUUGAAAUUUCUCCGGAGGAUUGA